AAUUAUUUUUAUAGCACUUCAGUGUCAUCGCCAUAGAAGCAAAAAUAAAAGUCCAAGUGAAGUUGCAAAAUUGUUUUGUUCUUAUUUUGUUGUUUUAAAUGUGAGAACCGUGAUUGAAACUAUUGUGAUAGCAUCCAAAAAAGUUUGAAGAUUAUGGCGGUGGCGAGAAAACUUACAUCAAAGAUCUAUGAGAUACAGGCCCACUCACAGAAGGUGACGUGCUUGGAUGUUGGACAGACUGGACGUGUUUUGGUGACUGGUGGCCAAGAUCGUAAUGUUAAUCUCUGGGCAUUUGGAAAUGAGAAAUGCUUCAUGUCACUGGAUGGUCACAACUGUGCGGUAGACUGUGUCAGAUUUGCAUACAACGAUGAUGUAGUUUAUUCAGCAGAUGAAAUUGGGAUUAUCAAACGAUGGGAUCUCAAUAUUGGUGGUAAUUCCACCAGUUUCCAUGGGCACAUGAAGGGUGUCCGGACGCUGGAUUUCCAUCCGUUUGGUGAGUACAUUGUGUCCGGGAGCAAUGAUACGACAAUCCGACUGUGGGACGUACGCAAUGGGAGUUGCAUUAAGAAGUACAGGGGACAUAUAGCUAAUGUCAAUUCUGUGAGAUUCUCACCGGAUGGCUCAUGGAUUGCCUCAGCUGGGACAGAGGGAUCGGUAAUUAUCUGGGAUAUACGGAUGAGUAAGGAGAUAAUUGACUUUCAGGAACAUGCUUCCUCAGUCACAUGUAUCCAAUUCCAUCCGUUUGAAUUUCUCCUGGCAGCUGGGAGAAAUGAUGGAACAGUUGAUCUCUAUGAUCUGGAGAGUAAGAAGAUGAUCUCACGCACAAGCACAGCUUCACCUAGUAAUUUAGCUGGGCACAGUGUAAAGUGUGUUACAUUCAGUGAAAAUGGGGAAUGUUUGUUUGUUGGUUCAACAGCUGGGAUCUCGGUAAUUGGGUGGGAACCGGACAGGGAAUUUGAUCAUAUUGAGUCUACAUGGAGUUUCUUGGGGGAUAUGAAGGUGAUCAAUCAGCAAUUGAUUUGUGGUUCAUAUGAAAAUACCAAUGUGACAAUUCAUGCAAUGUCACUGGAUCUCAUAAGACCCUUCUAUAAUCCCUCAAAUACGGCCUUUAGUCACAAUCAGAGUUCCCGGAAGAGUUUCAAUCGGGGACAGGGAAAGAUGCGUUUGUCUAUUGGGAAGGAAGAUAAACCGGCGAUAACUGUACCAACAGUGACUGAGGAGGGUGGGAUGUCUUCGCCCAAUUUGAGUAUUGAAAUGAUUGAGGAAGAUGAUGUUUUUGAUAAGUAUCUCGUGCCCAAGUGUUCAGAACCACCAGCAAUUACGUAUACAACCCUCUCGUCCAGUCCCAGUUCCAAUUUCCAAUUUACCAAUUACCAAUUGGAUCGUGAUGAUUCUGAUGUUUACAAUUUGAAUAAGAACAUUGAGGAAUUCUCAACUAGCGAUCAUGACAAAUACUCAGAUCCUGAAAAGGAAGAUUUCCCAGUCAAUAAUGCCCAACCACCGGAUUAUGCACCCAAAAUGUCCCAUACUACCAUUGUCAGUCGAAGUACGGUUGUGGCCAAAUCACGACCGGAACGACGAGGUGGCGGUGGCAGUGGCGGUAGCACCAAUGCCCAGUCCAAUGUCACAAAUAUCAAACACAAUCUCCAGAAGAAGAUCAUCAAUUCGAUGAGUGUGACGAAUUUGAGUGAAAUUGCCGAACCACUCAAUAAUACCACCACCUAUGUCGUUCAGCCACGGACAAUGUCAAGGGGAGGCUCUCCAGUGCGCAGCAAUAGUCAGUCGAAUAAACUCAGGCGCAAUGACUACCAUCAGGCUCAGAUAAAUAAGGAGAACAAUCUGAGAAAUCGCAAUGCCACUCAGGUGCAGAUCUUUGUGAAACCCAUGAGGUCAAAAUCGACGUUGGACAUGAAGAGUCAACAGCAUUCGGGUAAUCACAAUAUUCACCAACGGCCACCGCAGAAGAUUAUGAACUACGGACAACCGGAGGGGGCCAAUGAGGGCUACGAGAUGAAGAUGCUGACCAGUAGUCAUGACACAGUCUAUCAGGAACUCUGCAACAGACAUGCCAGUCUUAAGCUAGUGAAGGAAUGCGUCAAGGGACAGGAUAUCCAUACGGCUUUGAGGCAGAGUGUCCGACUGAAAGAUCAUGCGGUUCUAGUGGAUCUUCUUGGCGCCAUUCUUGAGAAAUCAGCCUCAUGGACAUUGGACAUGUGUGUUAUAUUGUUGCCUGAAUUGUACGAAAUGCUGCAGAGUGAUCGUAAAUUCCACUGCACGAGAGCAUGUGACACUCUUCGGGUGAUUCUCACAAAUUUUCUGCCCCUCAUCAAAGCCAAUGCAGAUCCGUGGGCAGCGAGAUCACUUGGAGUGGACAUUAGUAGUGAGGAGAGGUGGCAAAAGUGCAAUGAAUGCCGCAAGUGGCUCCUCAUGAUUCGCACAUUGCCGGAGAAUAAAGUGGUUGGAGCCACUUUGACGCCACUGCAGAACUUGAUUGUCGACAUAUAAAAUGAACUUUCAGUCUGUUAGACAAAGAAAACCUAAAGACUUAUUGUCUGUACUUGCUCAUUGAGACAUUAACACUGUUUUGAAGAAAAAAAAAAAGAAAAUCUUGCUAUCUAAUAGGAACACGAUAUAACAAAAUUAAUAAGUUUAUAAAUAAUUUAUUAAUCUCAGUUGAAAAUCCAUUUGAAAAAAAAAUGAUGAUUGCAUGUUUGCAGACAUUGCGAUCUCAAUUCUUUUUUUCUUUAAUGGGAAAAUUUCUACUGAAAAAAAAUUUUUGCCUCUAUAAAAUUCAAUUUCUCAAUCUCUCUAGAGAGUUCUUUUCUCAACUUCAAUAAAAAAAAAAUAACAACAUUCUACUUGAAGAAAAAAAAAAUGGAACGAAUGAGUUAAAAUACAGAGAAAGAAUUUAGAAUAAAAAUUCACGUGUUAUACUAAUUGAAAUAAAUUAAGUGCUUAACACAGGACUACAAGAAGGUGAUAAUUUAUCUAUUUAAUAGUAGAAAAUAACACAAGUAAUAAUUUUUAGAAGCAUAUAAUAAAAUAAUUAUGAAGAAAACCCCAAAUCACUAAUUUAUAAAAUUAAUAAAAAUUCAAUGCCACUGAUUUACAUUUUCGCGUGAUGGUGAAUGAGUAUGAGAAAAUAUUACUAUUACAAAGGAAAUUAAAAGAAAAAAGUCAAAUAAAAAUAACGAAGAAAAGACAUUAAAAGACGCUCACAAUGUGCAUAAGUCCCAAAAAAAAGAAAGUGCUUUUUUGUUAAAGAUGGAGAAAGAAUGAUGGUGUUUCGAUAAAGAGUGCCUUCUUAAAAGGUUAGUUUAGUAUUAAUAGGAAUAUAAAUGAUUGUGAGACAACAUUAAAAGAAAUAGUUUUAUGACAUAUCCAUUUUAUUUCCUUCUAAUUUGUGUGUUUGCUGAAGUGAAGGAUGAAAAAAAGAGAAAUGGAAAAAAAUGAAGAGAUUUAAAUAAAGAAUUUUUACAAUGCACUUCCACCAAAAUCCCCCAAAAUAUAACAACGAUAUUUUUUCACACUCAACGUAAAUCUGAGAAAUAAUAAAAGACUAAUGCAUUAGCAAUGUAAAUAAGAUACAUAAAAAUUAAUAAAACACAUUUUUUACAAUCGUAAA